GAAAAAAUAAAAGGUCUAGAUAACUUGUUAUAAUAUACACUAUUUUUAGAAGUUGAAUCUAUUUAUUUUUCACAAUUAGACUGUGUAAGCCAAGAUGUCUAAUGAAUUACAAUUUUGGAUGAAUUAUGAUUUGAGGCUUUACUUAUUUUGAUGAGGCUGCAUCCCUAUCAAACCAAACCAUUUUCAAGACUUUAUUACUUGUAUCCCUCGGAGAGGGGUAAAGAUAAUAGUAAGUGUGGAACGCAUCCACAGAGAGGGCAGGGGGAGGGGCCGGGGCAGGGGCUGGGCCACUUCCCAAUGCCUCUUCACUUUCCCACUCACGCUUCCCUCCCUUUCCGGCAAAGAGAGGGAGAGAGAGUGUAAAACACAUGCAUAAGACUUUGGUAGGUUCAAUACCGUAUAUAUGUAUAUUAUGGAGAAGAGCAGAGCUGAGCUCAAAGCCCAGAGUGAGCUCCAUUGAACCCAUAUCCGAGAAAUGUUGUUCUUUGAAAAAGCGAGACACCCUUUGACUGAGUCCUAUUUUUUAUUACUCCCAAGUAACCAUGCAUAAUAUUUUUCUCUCUCUACUCUAAUGGAGGGACUCGUGAAAAGAAAGGCAUCUCUCUCUGUCUAUGGAUGCGGAAUUGCGUGCAACUAGCCGGGGAUGAGUGAGAGAAACGAGGUGUUGUUGAGAGUUGAGAAGAAGGGAUACAGUGCCGAGGAGAAAGGUGUUGAGAGUUGAGAAGAACGGGAUUUCAUUUUGAUUUUCGUUGAAAGGAGAAGCCUUUGUCCAGACCCUGUCCGUCCAACCGGAGGCAACGCCAGAUGCAAAAAGCAGCUCUUGUCACCAUUCAUUUCAUUUCACCCUCCACUUCGCUACUCAUAAGAGAGAGAGCCACCAACCAAUAGUAGACAGUCACCCUACCUGUGAAUCUCUCUUUUACCACUCACUGUCUGUAAUGGCUUAUUGUUGUAGCAGCAGCGGGGGCGGAGAUGUCAGCAACGACGAAAAUGGUGGCUAUGGAAGGCUACACAUGAAGAGCAAUCAGCCGCAGCAAGAAACAAAGGAAGAGGAUGUGGAGGAAGGAAGAAACAGCAACAAAGACAAUAUGGGAAGAGGAGCGCUGUUGGGGAGAAGGCAGAGGUGGAUGGUGGUGGGGAUGGCGGCUGUUGGUAUGGGUGUGGCGGUGGCCUGCCUUGCUGUGGGCGUGGUGAGGCUCGUCUCCCCUGACAGCAAUGGCAAAGCUUCUAGCAGCCCCACCAUACGCAAACUGUGUAGCUCCACCUUAUUCCCUGACACCUGCGAGAGCUCACUCUCUGGGUAUCCAGGGGCAGGUGCAGCUGACCCAUGGAAGCUGGUGGCUAUAUCGAUGAGGGUCGGCAUGCAAGGAAUGGCACAGGAGAUGGAGAGCGUCGAGAGGCUCCUCCUCCUCCACCAAUCAUCAUCACCACCAUCGAUUGCUGCGCUCAAUGACUGCAUCGAGCUCCUUGACAAGUCCAUGGACGCCAUAAACACCUCCCUCACCUUCUUCCUCAACUCUUUUGAUGAUGCCGAUGUCCGUACGUGGGCCAGUGCUUCGCUGACGUACCACUCCACCUGCCUCGAUGGUUUGCAGCAGCAGCAGCAGGGGAAUAUGAUGAUGGGCUUAGAGGAAGGGAACACGGUGACCCACCUCCUCAGCAACUCCCUUGCUCUACUAACUGCUCUGAGUGGAGGGGCCGGACCCUCCAAACAAGAGGAGGAAGGGCGGCAAUUGGAUUGGGUGGAAGAUGAUGGGUCAGCUGCCACGGAUGUAGUGGUGUCGAGGGAUGGGAGCGGGAACUACACCCGCAUCCAGGAGGCAGUGGAUGCUGCUCCUUGGGGUAUCAAUGGCAAGAGGAGGUAUGUGAUUGGGAUAAGGGCGGGGUUGUACGAGGAGAGCAUCAGCAUCCCCAAGAGGUUGACCAACAUUGUCCUGCUGGGCGACGGAAUCAACCACACCGUCAUCCGUCAGAGCAAGAGCCUCAGUGAUGGCGUCUCCAUCUAUGCUUCUGCAACUCUUGCUGUCAAUGGUGAUGGUUUCAUUGCUAAAGACUUGACAAUCGAUAAUGAUUCGGGUCCGGAGCAGAUGGAAGGUGUGGCUGUUCGGGUGAGUGCAGACAGGACGGCAUUCUUCAGGUGUUCCUUCAAGGGGAACAGGGGAACCCUCUAUACCCAUGCGCUGAGGCAAUUCUACAGGGAGUGCACCAUUUUGGGCACCUCCAAUUUCAUCUUUGGCAAUGCUGCUGCUGUCCUGCAGAAGUGCACCUUGAUUGGGUUAGCCCUCCCGCCCCUUAAUUCUUCGAAUUCAAAUCAGCAGAGCAUUGCCAUUGCUGGGCAAAUGAGGACGGACCCAGGCCAGAAUACAGGACUAUCCUUUGACAGGUGCAGCAUCGACUUCUCCUCAUCCCCCAUUUAUUUGGGAUGCCCGCACAGGAAUUAUUCUCGCGUAGCCUUCCUCCAAUCUCAUCUUUCGGCUGCUGUCGAUCCUGCCGGAUGGCUUCAGCCACCACCAUCGUCAUUGAUUGCACUCGAGAGAGUGGUGAUGGGGGAGUAUCGUAACCAAGGCCCUGGCUCUCAGAAAUUGAGGAGAGUGAAGUGGUCUACACAGUUGACACCCAAGCAAGCCUCUUCAUUGAGCGUCAAGGAGUUCAUAAACGGCAGCAAGUGGCUCCCAACCACUGGCAUCAGAUUUGACUUAUCCAUUUAAACUGACUCCCACUCCGCUAUGGCAAUGAGAGAAUGAGAGAGGGAGAGACACUGAUGCUCCUCAGUUUUUGUUCAUGGCAGCCGAGCCACAAUCGGUUUCCUUGCCUUUUCUUGCAUGGACCAAAAAAUCCCUCUCUAUGAGAGAGAGAGAGAGAGAGGAGUCUCAUAAUGCAUUUUUAGUUUCCAACCAAAUAGUAAUCCACACCGGUGAGGGAAUUUUGAAAACUCUCUACAUUCCCCAACCAGGUCGUAUGUAUAAAAAACAAGAGUAAUAGGUGUUUGAUUGCUUGAUU